CCACAGUUUAUGGGCUGAGUCAUUAUUCGUUGGCAUACAAGCCGCGGAGGAGGUGGGACAGCUGGAGGUUCGAACUUAGGCCAGCGGUGAAGCAGCAGGUCGUCCCUCUCCUCCGCGAUUCCAUCACGGCGACGAUGGCAACUUCAGCAGCUUCGAAAGUGCCGUCGUCUUCAACAUCUGCAUCCGCCUCAUCUUCCAAGCGAUGGCUCAAGAAUAUUUCGUCCAUAGCAGCUCGCGUCUACUUCUUCCUCAUCUUUUUCCAGAUCCCUCUCUUCAGGGUUACUUGCAGAUCUGGUGUUUGCACAACCCCAAUGCACGUCACAUCGUCGCAGUUGGUCGCAAGUGAAGUAUUUCCUGUCGCUGUUACCAAGGCUCUCCUAUAUCCCGGAGCUGCUAUAAAUGGUCUUAUCCAAAAUAGGGCUCUUCCAAGCUGGAAUAAUUUAUUGGACAUAUAUAACUUGACUAGUAUAAGGGAAGCUUCUGCGGUAACAGAUCUCCAACGCUUAGAGGUUCUUGCUGGUAGCUAUUUCUCUGUGGCAGGAGCACUUGUGGGCCUUUUAAAGCCGGGGAGAAUGAGCAUGUUCGGGACCCUUCUUAUAAUUUGGGGACUUGUGAAGGAAGGGAUUUUAGGAAAACCGGUAACUUCUGACCCUUCUAAAGCUGCGUACAUGUACCCGACAAUGUUGAUUGCCUUGAUAUGCGCCUUCUCAUCAGUGAAGUAUGAUGUGAAAAAAGUUUUUAGAUCAUCCCCUGCUCGACCUACUGCUAAACCGCUUCAAAACUCAUCCAAGGCUAAGCUUAAAUAGGUGUUCCUCAUGUUCACUAGUUUUUGUUUUUUUUGGGUUCAUUUUUUUAUGAGGACAGUUAUAUGCGUUUCUCUUAUGUUUUUCCUUUGGUCAGAGUAUCUCUUAUGUUUGUCAUGGAUUAUAAAGUUUAUGUUUCAAAGGACUGGUCUUUUACAGUUUCACAUGAUUUUGGUACCUCAGCAACUUGAGUUUCUCGGAAGGAAAAA